AUGAACACUCCAUCCACCACCAUGCGGGCGUGCGAAGCAUGCAAUGCAAAGAAAACAAAGUGCGACAUGGUCCGUCCGACAUGCGGUCUCUGCCAACGUACCGGCCGCUCGUGCAUCUUCCCAACCUCACGAAAACCUCCUAGGCCUUCCCUCAAGCGCACAAGUUCAGAGUCGUCGAACACGUUCAGCGGUAAUCUGAACCUACUUCUGAGCAUUCUGGGAAAACCCGACGCCAUCAACUUGGCUGCUAACCAGGCACGCAUGCUUACUACAGCACAGUCUGCUACAACGCAAAACCACGUAACUGCAGCGCAGGGACAAGAUGAUGUCUUUGAGAGUGACUUGUCAGUGACUACACCUUCGACAUCUCUACAUAAGACGAGUGCACCUUCGCCGAGCCAAACAGGUGCCGUAGGUCAGCGAUUUCCUUCGCAGGCUUCAAGUUUCGAUGCAGUUCCUGACACCAUCGAACCCAUAUCGGAGCACGCACCCCAACCGUCACCAACACAUCCUAUUCAGCAGCCCACUGUCUUUGUCUCGUACGACGUAGCAUUGGAUCUCAUCGAGACGUUCUUUUCUCAUAUCCAACCUUGGCUUCCCCUUCUCCAUAAACCAAGGUUCGCUGCUCGCAUUCAGCAGCAGCUGGAGCCUGGCGCAGACGCUCUGCGUAAUGUCUCGUUGGAGGUUCGCUUGCUGAUGAUGAGCAUGUUCGGUCUCGCAGCGAGAUUUUCGAACCAUUUCACAUUCCAGGGCUGUUCGCCUCUCGACCGCGCGUCGAUUUACAUGCCUGCCGCGCGGCAGGCGUACCUUGACCUCCGGAACCAGAAUAAUUCGUCUCUGUUGUACCUGCAAGGAAGCAUUCUUCUCGCGGUUUUUACCUAUACAGACGAGAUGAACACGCAGGCCUGGAUACUUACAGGGGUGUGCGUGCGCCUUGCGUACGAAAUAGAUCUCUACGACAUUGAUGGUGACUUUCGCAACAGUCCACAUCAUCGUGACGGCAUGGACCACGUCGAAUUUGAAGAGAUGCGUCGUGCGUGGUGGCUGACUUGGGAGCUUGACACGUUUGGUUCUCUGGUGAUGCAGAAGCCUUUUGCGGUCGAUCGCCAUCAGUUCAACGUGCGUCUCCCGUUGAGCGAUGAGGACUGGUUUGCGGAACGCGAUGUGGAAUCCCAAAGGCUUCUAACAGCCCCAGAAGAAUCAUGGAAAUCGCUACAAGGCUCUCGCAAUCAAAAUCCGCGAGCGUGGUUCUUGAUUGUCAACCACCUGCUCUCACUAGUUGCGCAACAUUUGUCGAAACCGCAUCUGUCCAGCGAGUCCAACAUUCAACUUGUGUCGGCUUGUAAUUGCCUGAGACUAGCAUGGCCAUCGUCAUUCCACAUACUUACCUCUCCGCCUCUCUUCAAUCAAAAAAGCUUCCCAGAGUCCAACUGGAUCAUCGGGUCACAUCUUAUGCUUACGACAACCUAUACCAUACUGUUCUCAGUUCAGCCAGAGCCUUACCCUACGUUGAGCCCAGCAUCGGGAAUCAGUCAGAGCUCUGAGACUAAGCUCAGUGCAAGAGUGGUGUACCUGCCCCAGAUUGUCGCUCUGUGGCCACCAGAGUAUAUAUCUCUUGCACACCCUUUUUUCGUGUGCUGUAUCAUGCCUACAAGGUCUGAGAUUGGCACGCAGCGCUUAGACGGAAAAUCUAGGGUCGCACUUGACGCCGUUGAAAAUUCCAUGGAGUUAGUCAUUUCUCAUUUUGCACAGAAAUGGAAGCUGGCAACAGACGCUCUCACCAUAUUCCGCUUCCUACGCGGCGCAACUCUAGACCCUGCUGCCGACCAACCCUUGAGAAGACGGUUUGCGGCCUUCUUCACGCGCAAAACGUCGUCCGACAACCCGCGGCGGAAUUCGACGUCGCAGAAUGGCAACGAUGUUUCGCCCGGCCCAGUCUCUCAAAUAGGAUCAGAGUCUAGCUUACUACCUGACCCCAGUAAUCAGAUUGCAAUUUCUGGGGCGUCGCCUGGAUUGACAGAUUUCGAUGCCGCUCACAAUCAACAUCGGAUUGCACGCAAUCAAAGUGGUCAUGAUGGAUCAUUCUUUUGGAUGGGCCAAAUGUCACUACGCGAUGAUCUAUAUAUCGACAGCGCUAUCGGUAACCAGGCACUAUAUCCUUACUCGCCUAUCUUCGCUCAUCCACUGGACAACAGUAGCAUGUUCGACUACGGUCCCUCGUAA